GACCCAGACUCCUGCGCCAGCAGCCAGGGGGCCCUGACUCCAGCUUCUGAGACCCUGUCCCAGCGAUUGCAGACAUGUCCUCGGAAAAGUCAGGCCUUCCAGACUCCGUUCCUCACACGUCCCCGCCGCCCUACAACGCCCCCCAGCCUCCGGCCGAGCCCCCCCUCCCGCCCCCACAGACGGCGCCCCCCUCACACCACCACCACCACCACCACCACCACCAGUCCGGCACGGCCACCCUCCCGCGCUUGGGGGCCGGGGGCCUGGCCUCCGCCGCGGCCAGCGCGCAGCGCGGGGCCUCGUCCUCCGCCACGCUCCCGCGGCCCCCUCACCACGCCCCGCCCGGCCCCGCCGCCGGGGGUCCACCGCCCGGCUGUGCUACCUUACCCCGCAUGCCCCCCGACCCUUAUCUGCAGGAGACUCGCUUCGAGGGCCCACUUCCCCCGCCCCCGCCUGCGGCCGCCGCCCCACCCCCGCCAGCGCCAGCCCCGACGGCCCAAGCGCCGGGCUUCGUGGUGCCCACGCACGCGGGGGCGGUGGGCACGUUGCCGCUGGGGGGCUACGUGGCGCCGGGCUACCCGCUGCAGCUGCAGCCCUGCACUGCUUAUGUUCCGGUGUAUCCGGUGGGCACGCCCUACGCAGGCGGGCCCCCCGCGGGUCCCGGAGUGACGUCCACUCUGCCCCCGCCGCCGCAGGGUCCAGGACUGGCUCUGUUGGAGCCCAGGCGCCCGCCGCACGACUACAUGCCCAUCGCUGUGCUGACCACUAUCUGCUGCUUCUGGCCCACCGGCAUCAUCGCCAUCUUCAAGGCCGUGCAGGUGCGCACGGCCCUGGCCCGAGGAGACAUGGUGUCCGCUGAGAUCGCCUCCCGGGAGGCCCGGAAUUUCUCCUUCAUCUCUCUGGCCGUGGGCAUCGCGGCCAUGGUGCUCUGCACCAUCCUCACUGUAGUCAUAAUCAUCGCCGCUCAGCACCACGAAAACUACUGGGAUCCCUAAAAAGGCAGCCUCCCCGUGUCGGCCCCACGACGUGCUCCCCAACCUCCCAGGCGCCCCGCGCCUCCUCCUGAGGCGCCGCAGGACUCCCAGACAUCCACGCCCCGCCCCGCGGGACGUCUGGCCCAGCGAGUACGCUCAGUCCCUCAGGAACCCCUCCAAGCCCACAUCCCCAGCGGCACUGCAACCCGAGCCAAGCCCCGCGUCUCCGGUCGCCCCAGUUCCCCACCCCACCCCAGUGCAGCGCCAGGGGAGGAGCUCUCCUGCCCGCGGCUUCCCCGCGGGGAUUGUUCCCCAAACUCCGCCUCCUCUACGGGCUCCGCCCAACUCCCUCAGAACCCCGCCUCCAGGUCGGCAGGCUCCGCCUUCUUCUCUUCCUCGCGGGGUGAUUGGGUUUGGGGAUCCAGGCCCAGCCCACAGACGGACGGACUCCUCCUCCUACCCUCCCAAAACGGACUCCCCCCACCCCCAGAAGAACUACACCCCAGCUCUGGCUCGGAUUUUUGCCAGUUGCGGAUUUUUCUCGUUCUCCACCCGGGUCUCUGCCUAUUUUCUUGCUAAUUACAGAACUUCCCGUCGUGUUGCCUUUGGAGUGAAAUAUGGGAAGUUCCUGGUUUAGUACCCCUCGCCCUGGAAAGAGAACCAAGUCCCUGCAAUGUAAAUACCCUUUCCACCUGUGCCAAGCCCUGGGCAGGGAGGCAAAAGGGAAUCCGGAUACAGGAGGGAGCCAGCGCUCCCCCACCCCCGCUCCCUUCUGCCCUAGACUUGUUUUGAUCUGUGUGUGCGUGUGUGUGAACUUCCGAAAGACGGUAUUAAAGACAUUUUAGUGGA